UGUAUUUGACUGCCUCUCAUGGAUCACAUCCCACGGUUGGGUGGCCCCCUUGGCCUCUAGUAUUAUGAGGGAGGCCUGAAACUGUCUCAACGGCUCAGGGGAAGAAAAGCAUUUUAAGAUGAAAUGUAAAAAAAUCCAAAGAUAUAAAAUUAACAAGGUUUUCUGUCUUUAGAAGCAAAGGUCAGACAUGGUGGGUCCUGAUUCCCUGCCGGUUCAAGGUCAAAAGGGAGAAAAGGGGGCACCUGGAAGCCAAGGCAGCAAAGGAGAACAGGGGGAACCGGGAGAGCCAGGGGAGCCAGGGGAGAAGGGUGCCAGAGGCGAAGAAGGAGAAAUGGGUCAAAAGGGAGAGCCGGGAAUUGGCUUCCGGGGACCUCUUGGUCAGGCUGGACCUCCUGGGCACAAGGGUGAACCCGGAGUCCCGGGACCUCCAGGGGCACAAGGUAUCCAGGGUAUCCGUGGCAACCCCGGGACCCCCGGGUCGCAGGGGGAGAGAGGUGCCCCAGGCCCACCUGGAAUUCCAGGGCAAAAGGGGGAACACGGCAAGAGAGGAAGGAAUGGGUUUGCUGGACCAAUAGGACCCCCCGGACACCCAGGACAAGAGGGGAUGCCUGGUGUCCCUGGGAUCAAGGGCAGCAAGGGUGAGGCCGGCCUUGGCAGACUGGGUCCAAGGGGACCACGGGGGCUCCCUGGGCCUCAGGGCGAAGAAGGAAUUGUGGGAGUUCGUGGCCCUGUUGGCAUGAUGGGACAGAGUGGCCUUUCGGGACCAAAAGGGGAGAAGGGCGAUGUUGGAUUUCCUGGGGCCAAAGGAGAAAGGGGAGACCCCAUGACGACAUUUGGACCUCAAGGCUACAAAGGCAACAAAGGUGAUCCCGGUGAAAGAGGCCCUCCAGGAUUUGAUGGUGACAAGGGCGAGAAAGGAGAAGAUGGACCAGCAGGAGAAAAGGGAGUGAAAGGAGAAGCCGGGGCGAAAGGAAUCAUGGGUCUGUUUGGCACAAGAGGCCCAGUGGGGCAGAAGGGUGAGCUGGGAGAACCUGGAUUGCCGGGAUUUGCUGGAACCGCUGGGCUCGAUGGGAAGAAUGGUAUGAAAGGGGCAAAAGGAGACAGAGGCCUGCAGGGCCAGAAAGGGGAACCGGGGGGAGAAGGCGAUCCUGGUCUAUCUGGUGACAUUGGACGGAAAGGUUCAAAGGGUCUACGUGGGUUGCCAGGAAGGACAGGACCUCCAGGAGCAGAUGGAAUUAAGGGGGAAAUUGGUGGCGUUGGUCCAGGGACCUCAGGUGCAGAUGGGCUUCUGGGACCCAAGGGUGAGCGCGGAGAGUCUGGCACAGACGGGCCCAAGGGAGUUUCGGGGCAGAAAGGAGAAAAGGGCGCCAAGGGGGUGCCUGGCCUGGGGGGCUUCAAAGGACAGAUAGGCCUACCUGGCAAGGUGGGUGUUGCUGGACCACCUGGCCUGCAAGGACCUCAGGGUGAGCCAGGAGUACAGGGCGAGAGGGGUAGAAGAGGAAGGCAACAGCUUUGUCUCAGGGGACCCCCAGGAACUCCUGGCAACAAAGGAGGAGUGGGGGAGGAUGGCCCAGCUGGUCGGAAAGGAGAAAAGGGAGAUCCUGGACUUUCUGUGGGAGACGUAAAGGACAUCGUCAGGAGCGAGAUGAGCGACGAAGAUGCUUGUGCCGGCAAAAACUUCCACCUGGCAAAUAGAUUGGCAGACCCCGAUGCUGAUUACCUGGCAGAUGCCCAAGAGACAGAGAAAAGGUCUCUGCUGCCUGGAGGUCUGGCAGAGCAAAGAUUAUUUGGAGAAGUACAGAACAGGACCAACGCAGAUCCGUGUGCCCUGCCAAUGGAUGAAGGCUCCUGUCUACGGUACACAGUCCUCUGGUAUUACCACCAGGCAGCCAAUAACUGCCGGCCUUUUAUAUUUGGAGGCUGCGGAGGGAACGCCAAUCAGUUUCCAUCCAAGCAGAAAUGCGAGCUGUGGUGCAAGAAGACUACAGGACGAUGACCGGUUGAUGGGAAUGAGGAAGCAGCACCAACCAGGACUGUACAUUUGGGAUAGUUGGACAAAGGCCGGAUUUUGUAUUUUUGCCACUUACCUGUUCUGUGAACAAGGGAGAUACCACUUGGGGGAGAAAUAAAUCCAUUGGGAAAGGA